GACCGCGUGGGAGCCUGGCGACGGGAACCCGGCGUUCGCCAGCUGAGACUUCUGGUUCCGCACGUGGAGCGCUGUCCGCGUUCUGGGAGGUUCAUUCAUUCUUGCCGGCUGCGAAGCUCCCGGGCCUCGGAGGCUGAGAGUGGCUAAGGGAUGGAUCUAGUCGCUGAAAAUGAAGCGGCGCCGGGCGGAGCCCUGUCCGCUGCGGCCGAGGGAACGCCGCUGGGUCCCGAGCCCGGUGGGGAGCGGGUCGGACGCGCGGCGGGGAUGGAGCGGGCGGGCGGCGAAGCGCCGGUCCAGGGCCGGAGCGGGAUGCAGGCGACAGGUGAUGGAGAGGAAGGAGCUGGACCCCGAGCAGAGGCUCUGAGAGGGGGCGUGAAGCGAGAAGUUAGGGACUGGCCGGAAACGGCAGCAGGCCCGCCGGGUGGCCAGUGGGCGAAGCCGGAGGUGGGGGAGGAGGGUGGGCCCGAGGUAGAGGAGAAGCCGGGCAAAGCUUUGGAGGCGAGGCGGCAGCGGGGCGUGGUGGCCCGAGAGGAGAAGGCGGGCGAGCUGGCGGUCCCGGGAGGGAAAGCGACGGUGGAGGAAGAGGCCGGGGGCUGGCGCGCAGCAGAGCUGGAGGAGACGGAGGGGAAGCUGGAGAUGAAGCCGGGGGAGCUGUGGGCGGGUCGGGACGGGGAAGGGCCACAGCAGGGGCGGGAAGCGCGUGCCGAGGCCCAGCUGGCUCUCCCCGAGGAGGAGGCGGUGCGGGAUGCGACGGCCAGCAGCCCCCCGGUGGGCGCCAAGAGGAAGCUGGCCAUGUCCAGGUGUGAAACUUGUGGUACAGAAGAAGCAAAGUACAGAUGUCCACGUUGUAUGAGAUAUUCCUGCAGUUUGCCCUGUGUAAAGAAACACAAAGCAGAAUUAACAUGUAAUGGAAUUCGGGAUAAAACCGCUUAUGUUUCAAUACAGCAAUUCACAGAAAUGAACCUCCUAAGUGAUUAUAGGUUUUUAGAAGAUGUGGCAAGAACAGCAGAUCAUAUUUCUAGAGAUGUUUUCUUAAAAAAACCAAUAAGCAAUAAACAUAUGUACUUUUUGAAAAAUCGGGCUCGAAAGCAAGGUAUUAACUUAAAACUUCUACCAAACGGAUUCACGAAAAGAAAAGAGAAUUCAACAUUUUUUGAUAAGAAGAAACAACAAUUUUGUUGGCAUUUGAAACUUCAGUUUCCACAGAGUCAAGCUGUAUACAUAGAAAAAAGAGUACCAGAUGAUAAAACUAUUAAUGAAAUCCUAAGACCGUACAUUGAUCCUGAAAAAUCUGAUCCUGUAAUUCGUCAAAGGUUGAAAGCCUAUAUUCGCUCUCAGACGGGGGUCCAAAUUUUAAUGAAGGUUGAAUAUAUGCAGCAAAACUUAGUAAGGUAUUAUGAGCUGGAUCCUUACAAAAGUCUCCUUGACAAUUUGAGGAACAAAGUGAUCAUUGAAUACCCAACAUUACAUGUGGUCUUAAAAGAAUUCAGCAAUGACAUGAAAAUUCUACACCAAGGGAAGAGUGAAUCUGUCAGGAACAUUGGCAAUGAAAAGUAAGUCCUUCUGGAGAAGGAAGAAGGUGGAAAUUUCCAGCCUUUGCAGAGGACUAUGCAUGGACUAGCCUGAUGGAGCCUGGGAUAUUGUUGGGUGCUUGAAAUUUUUCAUUUCUCUGAAAAGUAAUUAAACAAUUCAAGUUAUAUAUACACACACACACACCAAUAUUUUUUAUUGCGAUUGGCAUUGUGCUUAUUUUAAUAUGCUUGAGUCUGUAGUCUUCAAACUUUUUUUUUCCAUGCUUUGCCAUAAGAGUCAGUUACAAGUUUGCUUUCUCUUCAGUGGAAUUCUACGGAAACAUGCAGCAUGCCAUAAAGCCACGGGAUGACAGACCUAUUCUAGUCUUAGAAUUAUAUAUGAUAUAAUAAGCUUUAUAUGUGACAUAACCUAUCAUGGCAACUGAAUGGAUCUUUCAUGCGUGCACAGCACACAUAACAAUGUCCUGUAUUCAAGGCUGAAUAAGUAUUACUAUAAUAUCUUAUGUCCAGUGUAGAAAAUUAAUGGCUCCAGGUUGUUGUUUGAAUUAUCUGUGCUCAUGGAUUUGGCUCUGCUUGUUCACAGUGAGCUGUGCCUUAUUAGGAACUCUGUGCCUUUCAUCCCGUUCCCAUUCCACUCUUGUCAUUACCACACAGGGGUGUUGUGAUGAGCAGUUUUAUGCCAUGUUUUGAAAUAGCUAGCAAUAACUAAAACAGAAACACUUGAAGCUCUUCAAAGGAAUGUAUAUGUGUAUUUAUGUAUAUUCAUGGUUUAAUUUAUAUCUUAUGGCAGCUCUGUAUAUAUAAUGAUCUCACAUACUGGAAUUAAAGUUUCCUAGUUUUAUUGGAAUUUAUACAGUUAUGAAAUUGCAAUAUGACUGUAAAAGAGUAAAAGAUGAUUACAUCUGC